UAUUAAGUGGCAUCAGCUUUUUGCUGAACGAUCUCUGUGCUGCAUCGUAGUGUUUUUGACUGAUCACAUCUUCCUCGAUCUGCAUAUUGAAGAAAAGGGCAAGUCAACGUCUCCAGGCCCCGGCCCUUGAAUCGUCUUGGCUGAUUUUUAGCUUAUCAAUUUGGAUUUUGUGCAUAAGGUCGUGAACUAGUGACAACUGAGUCUGAAGGGUUGACAGCUUUUGUAAAUCCCGCAUCUCUCCUCGUAUCAUUCACAGUUUCGGCAUCAAAUUUUGGAUGGUGAGAGAGGAAGUACAAACUGAAUACUGUAGGGCGCUGAGGAACCCCUCACCUUUGCCACUAGUAACAACUGGCUCACUUUUUGGCUUUUGCGCCCUGGAUCAUAGCCCCUAAGCUUCUUUCAUGGUUCUCCUAUGAUUUAUCCAAGCUUGCACUUUCCUAGAUGUUGCUCUAAUGCUCUCUAUCCUGUUCCAUGGAUUUAAUUCUGCGGGAGCUAGCUUUUUAGCAAUGUUACAUAUACACUUGCAUAGGCUUCAUCCACCCCAUUGAACGUACGGAAAUUAAUACAUAUGUGAGGGAAGAAAAUACGAACUUGGAUCAGCCUGGUAAUGCCAACGAGUGGUGAAGGAAUUCAUCUCUCUUACGCAGUUUACCCGCAAAAAAAACUCUCUUACGCAGUAACAGUUUUUUUUCUCUUGCGUUAAAGGUAUCAUAAGUUUCCAAGAGGAGUUUUGACGCACUCCUCCGUCCCAUAUUUAGUGACUUCAAUUUGGCUAAAUAUGGAUGUAUUUAUGCCUAAAAAGUGUCUAGAUACAUGUAAUAGAAAGUCACUUAAUAUGGGACAGAGGGAGUACUAUUCUAUAAGAGUUGCACAUGUCCAUAAACUGAAAAUUUAUAUGGGACUCUCAGCAAUUUCAGAGAGGUGGGACAUAAGUGUAACUUGAAUGUGGUGCAAACUUAGAUGGAUCUUGUUCAUUCAUUAGUCAUUAACCUUAUUCUGGGCUGGCCCAUAUAGUACGUGGAUGACAGUAGCAUCUGAUCCUUGGGCUGAUCUUGAUUUCGCAGUACCAACUGUAAAUCUCCAGCUGAUCUGAAUUCAGAACUCUUUAUUCUGGUCUCUGGAUGUGAUCCAGCUGGUGCAGGGUUGUUAGCAGUACCAACAAUUAUAUUCCGGGACUAAGGUUUCCAACUUUGCCCUUGCGUUUGUGUCUGCAGUAGGCUUACUUAACUUUUCACUUUGGACAAUCUUUAUGUAAGGCUGCAAGGGUUAGUUGUUCCUUGUUGAGCCUUGCAAGGAAUUGACUGCCAGCUCCGAUCUAUUCCACAUUUCACCCUUUAAGUAAAGCCCCUUCACUUGGUAACAUCACACUGAGAUAUCAGGUAUCAAGCACAGAUGUAUUCCCCUCCCUGCACUGCUUCUGGAAACGACGGCGAGCAGGGCUUCACGGCCGGUGCUAACCCGAUUGCUUUGCUAGACCACGCCAUGGAUUUCGACGAGCAUAUGCUUUUCCCUAUGCACAAUGUAGGAAUGCAAGACGGUGUUCAGUUUUAUAAUCCUACGAGUGGUACUGAGCUCAGUAGAAAUAUGAGCAUGGAGAAGUGUUUGAAAGGCGGCAAAAGGAAGGGCUCAGGCGAGGGCAGUUCGUCAAUGCACUCGCAAGAGGGAACCGGCGCGGUGUCUAAGAGAGAAGUCAACAGUGAGAAGGCAGGCGAUGCUGAGAGCAACAGAGAGGACUACGUGCAUAUCCGAGCUAAGCGCGGCCAGGCGACUAACAACCACAGCCUUGCGGAGAGGUUUCGGAGGGAAAAGAUCAACGAGAGGAUGAAGCAUCUCCAAGACCUCGUCCCAGGUUGCAACAAGAUCACAGGAAAGGCCAUGAUGCUUGAUGAAAUCAUAAACUAUGUGCAGUCCCUGCAGCGGCAGGUCGAGUUCCUCUCGAUGAAGCUCUCAGCAGUCAGCCCCGAGCUGAACUGUGAUCUCGACUUCCAAGAUAUCCUUUGCCCGCAAGACGCUCGCUCUGCAUUCCCGGGAUACGGACCGCGAUUGAGCAAUGUUCACCCGAAUCUGUACAGGGCAUCACAGCAAGGCCUCUCACGUCCAGAAUUAUACGGGAGCAGCCCAAAUCCAGCAAAUGUUCAUCUGGCAAGAACGGCUCAGUUAUCUGCAUUUCCCCAGAGAAGUGUCGUCUGGGAUGAAGAACUUCGCAACAUCGGUUCUGUUGUUUUCCCUUCAGACGCCGGCACCAGUAGCUUAGAGAAUUCAGACCCAAUGAAAGUGGAAUAGCUAGUCAGCAGCUGACGGUUAACAAUGUGCGCUCCUGCAAACGGUUGCACAGAUCUCCUCUGGCUUUGCGAUUUCAACUGCCCUAGUUGAGGGGAAUCCUGAAGUGUGUGUGUGAGUGUGUGUCACUUUUGUACAGUUUGACUAAGCAAACGGAUGAAAAGUUUGUGCUUCGGUGUAAUGUAGUACAACUAUUUCUGCCUGGAAUUAUUAUAGUGGUAUAAUAACUGGGUUUGAUGAGUUGAUCUACAUAUAUUUUUGCAUAUUGGGUGGUUUUCACAAUAAACUGUAUCUUCUAUUUAAUAUCUGGAGCAAACUGCAGAUUAACUACAAA